AAUAAUUUAAAUAACUGUAUUCUUUCUCUUUUAUAUCGUCAUUAUUUUUUUCAAUUUUCAAAUCAAUUACGUUACAUUGCUAGCCAUUAGAAGUAAAGUGAUUGAUUUGACUGUUGCAGUGAAACAAAUUUGAAACGUUCCAGUCUGAAGUGUGUAGCUAACUGCUCGAUAUAACUGUCAAUCUGGGUGUAGAAAUUUAUUUGUAAUAUUCACCGGUUCUCAUGUGUAAUUCCCUUAAGUGUUAGACGAUAUUUGAACAAGGGUUCGUUGCGAAAUAAUGUUCUAUGGUGUACGUGGUGCCUAAAUCAGUGCUAAAAUGGAUGACGGAACUGUGAAAAUCCAGUCUGGGAUUAACAUCAACAUCAAAAGAACAGAUGGCCGCAUUCACUCAGCCAUCGUGUCCGGCGUCAGCCUGGAGACUCGCUCGGUCACCGUGGAGUGGUACGAGCGCGGCGAGACCAAGGGCAAGGAGGUGGAGAUCGAUGCCAUCCUCGCGCUCAACCCGGAGCUGGCCGGCUCGAGGCACACGCCGCAUCUGCAGCCUAUGCCUAAUAAAAUUACACGGGAGGCAUCGGGCUCCUCGUCGGACGACGGCGGGUUCCUGGCGGGCGCGGAGGGCGAGGGUGCAGGCGACUCCGGCCACACGCUGCCCGUGCGCAACUCACGGACGGACAUGACGCGACAAUCCAUCCACCAAUCCAUCCCAGUGCCCACGAAAGCGUCAUCGCGAGUGACGCGCAACAACCAGGUGCGCAUGUCCAAUGCGCCCGGCUACACGAACGGACACGGCGGCGACACGACGGGGCGGCGGGGGGCGGAGAACGUGCCGCCCCCCGCGCAGACGCCUGCGCCUGUGCCUAAUGUAUCCAGAGUCACGCAACAGUUCAACGCAUCAAAUACGACGAGCGGCCUAACUCGUGGCAACACGGGCGCCGGCGCGGCGUCCAGCACGGUGAACGUGCCACACGCCGUCGCCAGCGGCGCCGUGCGGCGAUCCAAUGUUGUCAAGGAGGUCGAGCGGCUCAAGGAGAACCGCGAGAAGCGGCGACAGCGGCAGGCCGAGCUUAAGGAGGAAAAGGAAGCCCUAAUGAACAUGGACCCCGGCAACCCCAACUGGGAGUUCCUGGCGAUGAUCCGCGAAUACCAGCAGAGCAUCGAGUUCAGGCCGCUCACCGGCAACGAGCCUGUCGAAGACCACCAGAUCACCGUCUGCGUGCGCAAGAGGCCACUCAACAAGAAGGAGCUUACGAAGAAAGAGGUGGACGUGAUCAGUGUGCCCACGCGCGACCAGAUGAUCGUCCACGAGCCCAAGAACAAGGUGGACCUCACCAAGUACCUCGAGAACCAGAAGUUCCGCUUCGACUACGCGUUCGACGACAACUGCACCAACGAGAUCGUCUACAAAUAUACGGCAAAGCCGUUAGUGCAGACGAUAUUCGAAGGCGGUAUGGCGACGUGUUUUGCCUACGGACAGACGGGCUCUGGAAAGACUCAUACCAUGGGUGGAGAUUUCCAGGGCAAAACACAGGACUGCAAGAAGGGUAUCUACGCGAUGGCGGCGCGCGACGUGUUUGCGUACCUCAAGUCGCCCAAGUACAAGCCCCUCAACCUCAUCGUGUCCGCUUCCUUCUUCGAGAUAUACUCUGGCAAGGUGUUUGACUUGCUAGCGGACAAGGCGAAACUGCGAGUACUGGAGGACGGCAAGCAGCAAGUCCAAAUCGUUGGACUCACGGAGAAGGUUGUGGACAACGUGGACGAGGUGCUCAAGCUCAUCCAACACGGGAACGCCGCCAGGACCUCUGGACAGACGUCUGCGAACUCGAACUCGUCGCGGUCGCACGCUGUGUUCCAGAUCGUGGUGCGGUCGCCGGGCAUGCACCGCGUGCACGGCAAGUUCUCGCUCAUCGACCUCGCCGGCAACGAGCGCGGCGCAGACACCUCCUCCGCCAACCGACAGACCAGAAUGGAAGGCGCCGAAAUCAACAAAUCCCUACUCGCUCUCAAAGAGUGCAUUAGGGCGCUAGGUAUGAAAGGCAACCACUUACCGUUCCGAGCGUCGAAGCUGACGCAAGUGUUGCGGGACAGCUUCAUCGGCGACAAGUCGCGUACCUGCAUGAUCGCCAUGGUGUUGCCCGCGCUCAACUCUUGCGAACACUCGUUGAACACGCUACGAUAUGCCGACAGAGUGAAGGAACUGGGCACGUCUGACGCGUCGCGGCAGCGCGCGGAGUCCCCCGCCGCCGACGUGGAGAUGGAGCCCGAGCACGACGACCUCGCGCAGCUGCGCUCGCUCAACGAGGGCGACAUGUCCGCCGAGAUGUACAACUUCCACGAGGCCAUCUCGGAGCUGCAGCGCGCCGAGGACGAGGUGCUCGACAACCACAAGGCCAUCUCCGACUACAUGCAGCACGCGCAGCAGCGCUGCAUGCAGCUGCUGCAGCUCACCAGGGCCGUGGACUACGACCAGGACGAGCGCUCGUACUUGGCCCGCAAGCGGCUGCGCCCCACGAGUACGGGUUCGAGUCUCGGCCUUGGCGCACGGAACCGACGGUUGAAGCUAGCAUACGCAACGCAAUGGGAGGAGCUGCUGAACGAGCUACUAGCCGUGCUCGCGCAGUCGCGCGACCUGGUGGCCGAGUUCCGCGCCAAGAUGCAACAGGAAGAGCACAUUAGCCGCCGCAUGCAGCCGCCGCACCACUAGCACACACCGUGUGUCUACCCUUCACGGUUGUGGC